UGAAUAUCAUCAAGAUUCCUCCAUCGGGCUUCUCACAACCGUAAAGGAUAUCCGCGUGCCCCGCAAGAUCCAAAGGCACUCGCUGGAGGGCAUUGAUCUGUCAGAAUUAAUUUUGAAAAAACUAUUGCGUGAUCCUGGAACUAUAAUCUCUGAAGAGCGAGAAAAGCGCAGGACAACAAACAUCGAAUUUGCUCGCAUGACCACCUUUUCGGUAGCUUUCAGUUUCCCACAACUUCAACAAACCUUGUAUCGAGAUGGCGUAUACCGACGACGCUGUGCUGGCGAAGCUCUCAGCUCUCAAUGAGACGCAGGAAAGCAUCGUCACUGUUGCCCAAUGGGUGAUGUUUCAUAGGAGACAUGCAGAUCGUACGGGCCAACUGUGGCUGCAGCGAUUGAAGGACUCUGGAAGUAAUAAAAGGCUUAACCUCAUCUAUCUUGCUAACGAAGUAGCACAACAAUCGAAAGCUCGCCGCAAGGAUGACUUCCUCAUCGCCUUCUCUCCAGUCAUCGCCGAAGCUACCGCGACCGCGUAUAAAGGCGCGACGAAUGAAGUGCAGCAGAAACUAAGAAGAGUCGUGGAGGUAUGGCGGACGAGGCAAAUUUUUGAACCACCGAUUCAGGAGGCAAUUGAAGCACGAAUUGAUGUAGAACUUGAUAAGUCUCGAUCCUCUACGAAAAAAGGGGGCUCCAUCUUCUCCUCGAAUCCGAACUCGAUCCCCAGCGAGCUGGCCCCUCUGGUUGCUCCCCAACAAACGCUAUCAAAACUUGUCCUAUCGACCAAGACUUCUCUCAACGCUGCCUCACAAGAUUACGACAAACUAACAGACCCCAAUACAACCGUACCGUCCGCACCCGUCCACGCUGCUAGACUCAACGGUCUCCUCAAGACAUUGGCGAACGCCGAGGGAGCAGUUGCUGAGAGCAUUAAGGCACGAAGCCUUUUGAUCGAAGGGCUAGAGAAGAUCUUGGAGACAAACCGUGAUGGUCUAAAGGCAGAAGAAAAACAACUCAGCGACCUAAUCAACCGUAAAACUGAAAUUGACAACAAGAAGAAGGAUGUGGAGGACAGUAUCAUGCGUGGCUUCGCUUCGAACAGCAAUCCUAGUACACCUGCUGGACCCCCGGAUGGCUCUCCUGGUCAACAACACUCGCCUGUCACUCCUGGAGCCGAGCCAGAUCGCCCAGAGGUCGAGGCAUUGACCCCGCCUGGAUACCCUCAACCACCAGCUACUAAGUCUGUCCCGGAGUUCGAUCUCUCUUCAUCAAAUGGCAAUAACGGCGCGUCUCAUAUCGAACAAUCUCCCGUUCCACGUGCCCCCUCUGCUGGAUCGGAUCUCUUGUCCAGCCUUUCGACGUCCUAUGCCAGACCGCCCUCUACUACCGGCGCCGGAAGUGCAAAGAAGAGAAAGUUGAAUGAUGACUUCCCGGAUCUUGGCGGCGAUGAUGGCUUGGAUGCUGACGUUGCUGAAAUGCUCAGAAGAGAUAGUGGUGGCAAUGGCUUUUGA